CUCCCAUCUUGUUCUGUUGCUUUAUACCCUUCUCCAGGUUAAAAGGGUGCUACAGCCAUUUACAGAAAUAGACCACACGAUAGUCCCUUCCCUCAGGAUUGCGGUCUAAAUUGAAGAAAGAUACUGGGGGGGGGGAAGAGAUUGGAAGGGAGAAAAGGGGAAAAGCAUGUUCUGUUCUUUUUAUUAUAGGUUGGGUGGGAAUACUUCAGUUCUGUUCUGCCAAGGGAAGAAAAUUUUACAAUUCUGUGGCAUUCACUACAUUAGAAGUUAAGCACUUUCCUUCCCUUGGAUCUCCGUGGCUGGUAUUUUGGCAUAUGUUGAACUGUCCCACUUAAUGCCACUGUGCUGAGAUCAUAGAUCUAGACUGGAAUGUUACAAAUUACAAUUUUUUUAUUUAUUUAUUAAUCUUCCUCCUUAUGGUUAAUGGUCAGCAAAGAAAGCCCUACACAAAAUACUAGGCAAAUAUAUAGUAUGGCAUGAGCUAAAAUAAGAUCCAGCACAGCAUACAAGAUGAUAAAAUCAGUGUUGAUGUUGAAAUUGCAUUUUAAAAAGUUACAAGGCAACAAAAAUUAGUUUGCUGUCAUCAUUAAGACUUGGCAGCAUAAAUGUUAUGUACGUUGAGAGAAGUAGUUGUGUUUUGAUGUGAAGGAAGUAAAGAACAUUUGGGAUUUUCCACUAGAGUUGAUAAAAUUUUCCAUAUGUUGCCAGAAAAGGGACAGUAUGUGUGAACAUCAGUUGUUGGUUCAACUUUUCCAAAAUCACAAGGGCACUUGUGUUCACAAUAAAAAAAAUUUCCACUGCCUUCUCUCUGAAACUGCUGAAGGGAGACUAUUCAGGCAUACCACACAAUCCCUUUGAGGAGGAAAAGUGGAGAGAGAGUUUGUUGGUCUGAAAGGCUGGAGUGCCCUGUCAGUCAGGGUAUAAUUAGCAGACUCAUCCUAUAUAUGUCUGCAAGUAGGUCUCAUUGUGUUUAGUGGAUCUUACUGCCAGCCAGAAUGGGAAACAGUGCAUCUGUUACUACAGACUUAUCUAAUACUGCUACUGCUAACCACAUAAAGGACGCUAUCUCAGACAACUGUGUAGUGAUCUUUUCAAAAACAACAUGUUCUUACUGCAACAUGGCUAAGAAGUUAUUCCAAGAUAUGAAUGUGAAUUACACAGCCAUAGAACUGGAUAGAUAUGAAAAUGGAAGUCAGUUUCAAGAUGUUCUUCAUCAAAUGACUGGUAGCAGGACAGUUCCCAGGAUAUUUAUAAAUGGAACCUUUGUUGGAGGUGCUACAGAUACUCAGAGACUUCACCGUGAGGGCAAGCUACUUCCAUUAGUUCACCAGUGUCUGAUCCAAAGAGGAGGCGGCUCAAGACAGCCAUGUAGUCUUCCUUAACCUCACUUUUGGUAGAAUGUCACUGCUGAGCUCAUUAAGACUGUACAUUUACUCCUCCCUCCUAACUCCAUGUGUGGUUGCUUAAUAGCUACAACAUGCUUUGACAACUUUGGAAAGUUAGAUGGUUUAUUUAGAUCUAGGAUGCAUCUACACUAUAGAAAUAGUGCAGUUUGACACCACUUUAAGUUUAAUAAUAAUAAUAAUAAUAAUAAUAAAUAUUUAUUUCUUACCCGCCUCUCCCCAUGGAUUGAGGUCAGGAACAACAACAAAUCGACAGAUAACAUCAGUUAGACUCCAUUAAUUAAAACAUGCAACAUUUCAAAAGAACGGGCAAGACACACACAUUUUAAAACUAUAAUUAAAAUUCAGCAUCUUAAUUCACAAUUUGAAAUUAUCUGGAUAUGGUCUUCAGUGCUGUUUUAAAUCUGAACAGCUGUUGAAUCUCUAAAAGAUCUUUAGCCUUCUCUGCUGAAGAGUGCUGGUGUCUCAGAAUUACACAUUCCUGGAUUCUGUAGGGUUGAUACUGUGGUAUCAAAUGGCUUUAUUUCUAUAGCAUAGAUGCAGUCCUAGUGUUCUCUUCACCAGUCAGUUUCAGCAACUCAUGCUAGCAUAUUGGUACAGGAUGAGGAAAAUUGAGUCCAGCACAUGAGGACUGCACCUAGUUGGGGGAAAUUGCUCCAUGUCUUAAAUUCAGGCUCUAAUCCAGUACACACUUAGAAGGGAGCAGGCACUAGGGAAAAGAAUAAGGUCAGGAAUAGGCAAAGUGAAACCUUGUAGAUCUUGUUCAACUGCAAUUCCCAGUGUCCUUCUCCAUUAGCUAUUUUGGUUAGGGCUGAUUAGAAUUGAAGAACAAGAAGAUCUGCAGGGUAUGCUUUGCCCAGCCUUGUACUCCAACUUGACUUCAUAUAGACAUGAACAGGAUUGUAAAGCACGAAUCUGGUAGUUUCCUGUAAUUGCCAGUAUCCAGAUACUAUACAUAACCUUACUUGUUCACACUGGAAUGGGUUAAAGAUAAGAUAAUUGUAUUUGAGUCCCUUUGUAAUCAAGCCUUAAAUUUUCACAUUAUGUUCCACUUUUUGAAAUGAAAACUAAAUCAGCAGACUUGUUCUGCAUCCAACCUAUUGUCAGCAUACAAUUGUUCAAGUGUUUAUAAGAAGUAACAGUUUGGGGAGCUACAUUUGGUAACCAAACAUUAAGUAGGCUAAUGCGUGAUUACAGAGGUACAGUAAUAGCCUGUGUGCCUGAGAGCAGAGUCAGGGUGACACAUGCCCUGAAUUUGCCCCCAUUGUGCCAUGCGCUGCUCCACACGCUACGCGGCAUCAUGUCCACAUGACGCAGUGCCAAAGGAAUGCCUUAAAGCCGUAGCGCCGCGGCUAUCAUGCCCUUUCCAGGGUACAAAAAGAGCCGUUUUUUGUAGCUCCUUUUUGCGCCUUGGAAAGGGCAUAUUGGGGCGGUUACCACAGUCCCAAUCCAGCAAAGAUAGAGGUAGCUGGCACAGCCCCUAAUUCUAAUGCAGGAUUGUCUUAUGGUAAACUAGGUUUAUAUUAGAAUAGGUACAUCUUAUAAAUAGAUUGGAGGUAUAUACUGAAGUUGCCAACAUACUGCUUACAGUUACUACAAUACUUAAAGAGGUAUGUCACUAGGCCUCCUUUGCAAUCUACUUUCUCCAUGCCAGAUUGUUAAUCAAUUGGAGUCUCUGCUGUCUUGGCUUCUAUUUAGGGCCUGCUUCCAUCUCUGUAGAUACAGGGUCAAAAGGGUAAACUGAGCCAAUUGGACUAGUAUGUUGUGUAUGGAAAAAUAAGCUCACAACAGAAAAUGUUGGUUAUGCCUUACAGCCCCUUGGAGAGGAGUUGCAGUUGGACCUAAAUGCAGCAGUCAUUACAGUUUUACUUGCCAGUCUCGUUUAGAUGGAAUACUUCCAGUAAAUGUAAACAGAAAUGCUUGUGGAAUAUCAGUGUGCUCAAAACAUUUUUCGUCUAAAUCUCAAUAGAUAAGUUUGGUUUUCUAUCCAACCAAAGGCUGCAUGAAAAUAUCUCUAAUUCAAGAUAUUUAUAAAACUUCUUUUUCUCCCUAUUGGAGAUGUGUCCACUUCAAGGAAGCCACACCUGCAUAUCAGAAGAAAAGACUGUAGUGGUGUUGCAUGUUGGAAAAGAAAAAGAAACCUUCAGUUCCUGGCAUCCUGAAAAAGAUCCUGUUCUAAAAUCAUGGAGGAUAGAGAAUACUAAGCUUGAUAGAUUGCCUCAGAUUGCUCCAGAGGACCAACCUCUGAGCUGCCAUACUAAACUGCCUUCCCUGCCACCCAUAAUCAGGUCUCUUUAGAUGCCAACCAGGAUUUAGAAAUAACUUGCUAAAAAAUAAUAAUUCAUUGUUCUUAAUUUGUCCAUUUUUUAAAAUUUAUUUAUUUUAGGACAGAAUGCAUGUAUACAAACAAUAUGAAAAAAGAAAUAAAAAUAUAAAACAACCUAGGUAUUGCUUUUCCUUAGGUCCAAAUUAUAACAGAAACCUGCAAGUGUAUGUUAUGUAUUCAAUUAUCAGAUUUGAAGGAGUCCACAAGUGGAGUCCAGCUUUAAUAUUCCAUUGUUUUAAAUACCCAUAUUAAUUUAAUGUUAUUCAUUGUUUUAAUUCAUUGGUGGUCAUUUUUAGAUUUUUUCAAACAUUAUCCUUAAAUAGGAACAUUGACCUUACCUGUGGAAUGUUCUUUUUCAGCAGUGGAUGGGGAAACCUGUGGGUUGUUCUCCCUCUCCACUCUGAUAGGUGGGAUGAGGUUUGGGGUAGCAGCCAGCAGGGGGAGCAACCCAUCAACAACUUGGUCAGGAUAACAGCCCUAGAUAAGAAAGUCUGAAAACAAUACAGAAGGAAAGGCAGGCACAGAGGAAGGAAAAAAGAAACUUUUUCAAGGUGCAAAUCCCCACGCUGUUGUUGUCAUCCCCAGCACCACACCACACACCAUUGCCAAGAAAGAUAACUCAUUUCUAGGUGUGGAGGAAAUGUGGCCUUACAUCUCACAGAAAAGGCCAAUGUUCCUUUUUCCAGCAGUGGAGGAGAAACCUCAUACAGUGAGACAUAUAAAAGUUCCCAAUCAGUGGAUAGGUAGAAUUGAAAAUUCUUAGGCAGAAUGCAUCAGCUGAAGAAGGCUUCUCCAGAGGCGAAAGCAUUCAAACAGCAGCAAUGCACAAAUGUGAAAGGUGAAGACCAUGUGGCAGCCCUGCACAUUUUUAUUAGGCUACUGUUUGUAGCCAGAACAGGUGUAGCAGCUUUGGGAGUGCAAUGAGCAACAACGGCACCAGGCAAGGGAACCCUCACAAGUGAGUAGAUGAGGGUCCACUGUACUGCAAAAACCUCCUGCAGAAGCUAAACUGGCAAAACCGGAGAAGGUUUCACUCAGCAACUUCUACUCUUGAUUUCUAGUAGCAGAAAAAACUGGGUGGGGAAUUUUUAAAGACUUGUGAUCCUCAAUACAUUCACUUCAUUACUUUUAUGUUACUCUGGGUUGUGUGAGAAUACAGUGUUUAUAAACUGCGUCUCUAUAACAGUAUAGCUGGUGUCAAAUGCAGUAAGGAGAUAAUCCUCUUUCCUUACAGCAGCCUCCAUGAGCCCUCAAAAGUGGCCAGUGAGCAAAAGAAUCUCUCCAGACCAGGUUACUGGCAUCAAACUGAUUUGGAAGCAUAGGAUGGUCGCACAUGUGUUGAAUGAUAAUGCUGCCAUUAAUAAUGUCUUUGGGGUUUUUUUUUUUUGGGGGGGGGUCACAAUUGCAAUGGUACUUUGCUUAGGAUGAUUGAAAUUAUUGGAAAAAAUGAAAUUCUACAAUGUUCUCGUUGAACUACUGGUGUUUUUCUUGCAUGCUUACACAGGUAUUAAAGCAAACCUCAGUAUUUAUUCAAACUU